AUGGUGGUCCGCACGUUAUCGGACCUGCGCAAAGAGGAUGAGGCUCGCAGCAGAGACGCAGAGACCGGUGAGACCGCACCGCUACUCCGAGCCGAUACGCGCAGUAGCGGAAGCAGCGUAAAUAGCGGAGCCUCUGCGUCAGCGCAGCGCACAACAGCCCUGCGAGUUUUGGAGCUGCUCUUUCCGUACUUUCGCCUUAAGUCGCUCCUCCUGCUAAUCUCGGUCGUAGAUUGGGCCAUAUUCAUUACCACCCUCGCUAUUGACUCAGAGAUGCCCCUCGUACCUUCUACUGCAAUUCUGGUGACGUUCGGUGCAAACGUUCCCCCCUUGGUUGCUCAUGGGCAGGUGUGGCGUUUACUGACUGCUUCUUUCUUGCACGCAAACCUGCUUCACGUAGCCUUCAACGUUUUCUUCCAGUUACGUAUGGGCUUCGGUAUUGAGCGACGCUACGGCUAUCUAAAAUUCGCAGCCCUGUAUGCCGCGUCCGCGGUUUACGGUAACCUGCUUUCAGCAGCCUCUCUCUUCUGCCGAUCAAUCAAGGUCGGCGCCAGUACUGCAGGUUUCGGAAUGAUGGGGGUAGAGGUGGCGGAGCUGGCACUUAGUUGGCGGCUCUUGCAGCACCGAGAUCGUCUGCUAACAAAUAUUGUGUCUUUCUUUGUCUUGAUGGGGCUCUUUGCCUUUACCCUGAACGGCGGUUCCAUCGACCAGUUGGGCCAUCUGGGUGGCUUUCUAUGCGGGCUGUCUCUUGGAAUUUUGUAUAACAAGGAUAUGCAAGAUAAGCCGCGAUGGUGGCCGUUUGCCAUGUGGGGAUCGAUAUCUUUGCUGACCGCCCUGCCAGCCUCCUGCCUUCCAGCCAUUUUCGCCCUUGACAGGGGCUGUGCUGCCUAA